AUGCAUUCUGAGAAGAAGAUAGAUGCAAACCAAGAGGAGUUCAGAUCCAACAGAAAGAACCAGGGGGCAGCUAUUUUAAAACUGGAAGCACAACUAGGGAGCCUGUCUAAACAAAUACCAAUGCCUACACAUACAUUCCCUAGUGAUACCAUGGCCAACACAAGAGGAGAAUGCAAGGCCAUCAUAUUGAGAAGUGAAAAAGUUGUGGAGGAAUCACUCCCAAGUCAAAGCAACCAAAGAGAAGAAGCUGCAAAUAACCCUGAAACCAAGAAUGAAGAAGAGACCCCUGCACCAUUCCCACCAAAGCAACUCCUAAAGCCUUAUGUGCCAAAGGUACCCUAUCCACAAAGGCAGACGAAGGAUGGGAAAGACAACCAGUUUUCUAGAUUCUUGGAAAUCUUUAAGAAGCUCCAAAUCAACAUACCCUUUGUUGAGGCAUUUAUGCCAAGGGAUAUCAACAUUGAGAAAGCAUUGUGUGAUCUGGGAGCUAGCAUCAACCUCAUGUCCUUAGCCAUGAUGAAAAGAAUGAGGAUUGAAGAGGCCAAACUAACAAGAAUGGCACUUCAAUUGGCUGAUAGAAUAUUUAAGUUUCCUCAUGGAGUAGUGAAAGAUUUGUUGGUGAAAGUAGGAGAGUUCAUCUUUCCAGCUGAUUUCGUUGUGUUGGAUAUGGAGGAAGAGUCUAAAACAUCUAUCAUCCUAGGAAGGCCAUUCUUAGCUACUGCCGGAGCUAUAAUUGAUGUUCAAAAAGGAGAGUUAGUCUUGAGAUUGCAUGAAGAGAAGAUAGUUUUUCAAUGUCUUUAA